CAUUGAGCAGCAACCGGGUGCUAGAGCACUACGCGAGUUCAGUCGCCAACAGCACACCACACACCUUGAGCAACGUCGUCCAAGAGGCCCCCAUGGCUGACCAGCAAGCGAGUUACAAUGCUUGCCGUCUGUGGACUACUUUGUGCCUUUACACGGAUUCCGAGGGCCGGGAAUGCUUCGAGCCUAUUGACUGCAGUACCGUCCCGGACCACUUCAGAGAUAGCCAUGGUAUCACAAACAUGGGCCGCGAAAAUUGCCUAUGCCGAGUUAUUAGGCAUAACUUCAUCCGUCACAUACGUGAGCAUCACCUUCGACACGAUCGGACGUCUGGUCAUGCAAACCAACCUGUCGUACGCUUUGGAGGAUGAUUUAUUCAAUCGCUACGGACGGUUCGGAAGGAUGACUGCCAUACAUCCAAAGGCACUGGUCUGGGUAGCCUUCGUGGCAUAAUAAUUUAUUACUCCUAGUCACUACCAUUACUUGUUCAUCACAGGUGUCCGCCGAUUUUGUUUACUUACUAUUUAUAACU